ACAUGGCGGACGCGGAUGAGCCGAUGGUGGUGGAUGGAGGCAACGCUGGCACCUGCGAGUGGGCUGGUCGAUGGAACCAUAUCAAAAAGUUUCUGGAAAGAUCGGGACCUUUCACUCAUCCUGACUUUGAGCCAAGCACAGAGUCACUGCAGUUUAUGUUAGAAACUUGCAAAAUCCUGGUGAUCGGUGCUGGGGGUCUGGGAUGUGAGCUGCUGAAAGACCUGGCCUUAUCAGGCAUUCACAACAUCCAUGUUGUUGACAUGGACACCAUUGAUGUUUCUAACCUCAACCGACAGUUCCUUUUCAGACCAAAAGAUGUAGGUCGACCCAAGGCGAAUGUGGCAGCAGAUUUUAUCAACUGUCGCGUACCUGGAUGCUGCGUAGUACCACAUUUUAAGAAAAUUCAAGACUUCGAUGAAACAUUCUACAGACAGUUCCACAUAAUCGUCUGUGGACUGGACUCUGUAGUUGCCAGGAGGUGGAUGAAUGGAAUGCUGCUGUCUUUGCUGCUGUUUGAGGAUGGUGUCUUGGAUCCAGGUUCCGUUAUCCCUUUGAUUGACGGCGGGACUGAAGGCUUUAAAGGCAACGCCAGAGUCAUUCUCCCCGGCAUGACCGCCUGCAUCGACUGCACCCUUGCGCUUUAUCCUCCGCAGAUCAACUUCCCCAUGUGUACAAUAGCCUCCAUGCCUCGUUUGCCAGAACAUUGCAUUGAGUAUGUGCGGAUGUUGCUGUGGCCAAAAGAGACACCCUUUGGAGAUGGUGUGGCCCUGGAUGGAGAUGACCCAAAGCACAUCCAGUGGGUGUACCAGAAAUCUCUGGAGCGGGCAGCAGAGUUCAACAUAACAGGAGUCACCUACAGACUAACCCAGGGUGUAGUGAAGCGGAUAAUCCCUGCUGUAGCCUCUACAAAUGCUGUAAUCGCUGCUGCUUGUGCAACUGAGGUUUUCAAGAUAGCUUCAAGUGCCUACAUACCUCUCAAUAACUACAUGGUCUUCAAUGAUGUGGACGGCCUAUACACAUACACUUUUGAGGCAGAACGGAAGGAAAACUGUCCAGCCUGCAGUCAAGUUCCUAUGGACUUGCACUUUGCUCCUUCUUCCAAACUCCAGGAAUUGCUCAACUACCUCACUGAGAGCACUUCCCUACAAAUGAAAUCACCUGCGAUAACAGCAACAGUGGAAGGAAAGAACAAGACAUUAUAUUUACAGUCUGUCGUCUCAAUUGAACAGAGGACACGGCCAAAUCUCUCCAAAACUAUGAAAGAGCUGGGUUUGACUCAUGGACAGGAGUUGGCUGUAGCUGACGUCACCACACCCCAGACCUUGUUAUUCAGACUCUGCUUUACCUCAUAGGAUGACAUCAAGCACUACAUUGUCCAGUUGUUGUCAUUCUUAUUUCUUUGCCAACUAUGUCUGGAUGCAAAAUAUUUAAAAUGGUCUAAAAACUGGAGCAGUUUACAGUGUGUCCAAUCACAGUAUAAAUGAGAACGUUAUUGUUUGUAUUUACUUAUUGACUAAAUUUAAUGUUUUUGCACUGAAAAGCCAAAUUACAGUUAAUACCUUGUCAUGGUUUGAUGAUAAAUCGUCUAGAAGCGUUGCGGAUUUCUGCAUUAAUGUGUUAUUUGCACUACAACCUCAAGUGGUCUUUGUGCAAAGAGACAAACAGUGGUCAGUCUGCAAAAGAUUAUUCUGUACUCGUUCAGGCUUUUGAAUAUUUAAAUUAUUUAUUUAUUCCAAGACAGCUUUUCAGUUACAGUUACCACUGAAAAUGAUGACUGGACAGAAAUAAAAAUGUUUCCUUUUCUUACAGAA